CAAAUCCUGAAUGGAAAGUCGCAGUGUGUCCUACGAAACACGUAUCGUAUGCGACAACACACGGCAACAGCUUCACAUCUGAAAGGGGACCACUUAUGUGUUUUCCUUUGUAAAUACUGUUAUUUGUAUAUACUGUAAAUGAUGACGUCGGUGGGCAGCAGCCGAGCUCGCGGCAGCUGGGAGCAGACGCAGACACAGAACCAGACACAGCACAAGCAGAGGCCACAGGCUACAGCAGAGCAGAUCCGACUUGCUCAGAUGAUUUCGGACCACAAUGAUGCGGAUUUUGAGGAGAAGGUGAAACAGCUGAUUGACAUCACAGGCAAAGACCAGGAUGAGUCCAUGAUUGCACUGCACGACUGCAAUGGUGACAUCAACAGAGCCAUCAAUGUCCUGCUCGAGGGCAGUCCUGAUACUGACUCCUGGGAGAUGGUGGGAAAGAAGAAGGGUGUGUCUGGACAGAAGGAGAGUGGGCAUGUGGAUGUGUCGGAGGAAGGGAAGGAAAACAGGGACAGAGGAGGAGAGAGGGACGUGGCACGCCGUCGAGGGGGUGCCCCUCGCAGGGGUCGUGGGGCCAGCCGGGGACGAGAAUUCCGUGGUCAGGAGAAUGGUCUGGAUGGCGGGAAGGUGACAGGGUCUGCAGCUCGGGGUACAGAGCGUGGCCGACGGGGAAGAGGGAGAGGAGGCAGAGGGGGCUCUGGAAGGCGAGGGGGCAGGUUUUCAUCUCAGGCCAUGGGGGGGCAGAGGGACAACCAAAAAACUGUAAUGAGUUUGAACUGUGGGGAGUUAAGAGGCCAGAUUGAUAAGGGGACAGGAUUUGAUUUUUCAGGAGAUGAGAGGACCUUCAACCCUGCAGACUACGCUGAGCCAGCCCAGGCCGAUGAGAGCUAUGCAGGGGGCAGCACAUGGAACAACACGGGCAGUCUAGAACCUGAUGAUAGCACCAGGCUUGAAUUCACUGGCAUUGAGGGAACAAAUUAUCCCAGAAAAUUUGACUCUGCUCCUGGUGCCUGGAGAACAGCACCUGAGGAGUGGGGUACGGAGGACUGGAAUGAAGACCUCUCAGAGACCAAGAUCUUCACUGCCUCUAGUGUGGCUGCCAUGUCCCUGCCCCAGGAGAGUGUCACCAUAACUGCUGGCCAGAGGAUCGAUCUGGCGGUGCUCCUGGGGAAGACACCACCUUCCUCGUCCUCUGAGGCAGAGCUUACCCCUUUGGAAGCUUCACAGCCUCCUUCCCUUUCCCAAGCACUGGUUUUCAACAACUCGAAGCAGGGGGGUGCGGUGUCACAACCGCCAUCCAGUGCCCCCUACACCCAGCACAGCAUGGCCAGUAUGCUCAGCAAGAGUUUCGGUGACGUUGUGGACCCGAAAGCAACGAGUGGGGGGUCCACCAGUGGCUCGCAGUUCCUGGAGCAAUUCAAGACUGCCCAGGCUCUUGCACAGCUGGCUGCCCAGCAUACUCAGACUGGGUCAACAGCUGUCCCCUCUUCCUCUUGGGACACGAGUGCCUCUUUGGGGCAGUAUGAUAUGAAAUCACAGCCGGAGGCCACAGUACAUGGCCCCUUCACUAAACGCCAGCCCUACCAGCCCACCUCCUCUGUUGCCUCCUCCAUGAUAGAUGCCUUCCUCCAAGAAAAAGUGCCCCCCUCCUCUGUCGCCUCUUCCCUGCACCCACAAACAGCUCCUGCCCCGACAGCACCUCCUGCCUUGCCACUUUCUAAGCCCCCAGCAGCAGUUUCUGGCCAGCAGAUGUCCCCUGUAUCCUCCGACAACCAGUCGUCCAGCCCACAACCACUGCAGCAACACAAGCUUAAACAACAGAAGAAGAGAACUUCCAUCAGUACCAAGAUCCCAGCUCUUGCGGUGGAGAUGCCUGGCACGGCAGACAUCUCGGGGCUAAACCUACAGUUUGGAGCACUGCAGUUCGGCUCGGAGCCAGUGUUGACCGAAUACGAGGUGGCACCUGUGACUACUGCCCCAGCCAGCCAGACUCAGAGCAGCCUGUACACUAGUGCAAGCAGUGAACCGACACCUACCAUUGCCAGCACAGAUCAGGGGUAUCAAAGCAGCUCCCUCCCAGGAGGUGGCCCCUCCUACCCCUCUCAGGCAGUGCCGACCGGUGGAGCUGGACAGCCUGCUCUGUAUGAGCAGAGAGCCACACAGACACGUCGGUACCCACCAUCAGUUUCCACUUCACCACAGAAGGAUUUGCAGACUGGCAAGUGGAGCAGCAGUGGUCUGGGUGGCGAUGCUUUGGGAGUCCAUUGUAAUGGAUUCAGUUCAAUACAGACAACGCAAUCUGUGGAAGCUACGCCGGGCCCUACCGGACCAGUGAAGUCUGUGUCAGAUUCGGAGGGCGUUGUCUCCGUGUCCAACAUGCCCUCUCUGGCGGACAGCGCUGCAGUUCCUGUUUCGUUGCUGACAACUCCCAAUCAGACAUCGCUCAGUACCUUGGGACACAGCGAAGAUCUGCCGCCUGGUGCUCCUUCCCAGCCCCAACACAGCAGUUCUCUGUCUACCCAGCAGAAUAGCUUGGCUCCUUCCUCUACAGUACGUACCACCAACUCUAGCCUACUGCAUUCAAGUGUGGACAGCGACUCCAGCCUGCACUCCUCUUCCUUCCCCUCCUCCGUCUCGGCAGCGGUCUCCUCCACGGUCUCCGUUCCCUCUUCAGCAUCAGCCUCUGCUGCGCUUAAUGCAGCACCCCCCUCCGUCAGCACUGUGUCGGCCCAGCCUGGUUUGGGCCCCGUCAGCAGCUUGAACAUGGGCCUCAACAGCUCGGGCUCCGUAGUGCCCCCACCUGCUGCCGCUGCCGCCUCCUCAGCAUCAGCAACUGUUGCCGCCUCCUCCUCAGCAUCCUCUCGCAGCUCGGUGGCUUCAUCAGGGAAAGCACCUCCUAAUUUGCCUCCUGGAGUCCCCCCUCUGUUGCCCAACCCAUACAUCAUGGCUCCUGGGCUGCUUCAUGCAUAUCCUCCCCAAGUAUACGGCUACGAUGAUCUGCAAAUGCUUCAGACAAGAAUCCCCCUAGAUUAUUACAGCAUUCCAUUUGCCACUCCCACCACAGCAUUGACUGGCAGAGAGGGCAGCCUGACCAGCAAUCCUUACUCUGCAGCUGAGCUGACCAAGUUUGGGCGCGGCGAGGCCCCAUCCCCUGCACCGGCCACUACGCUUGCACAGCCACAGCAGAGCCAGACCCAGACGCAUCACACCACCCAGCAGCCUUUCCUCAAUCCUGCGUUGCCACCAGGCUAUAGCUACACCAGCCUGCCAUAUUACACAGGCGUGCCUGGCCUUCCCAACACCUUCCAGUAUGGGCCUGCCGUGUUCCCGGUGGCUCCUACCUCGUCGAAGCAGCAUGGUGUCAAUGUCAGCGUCAACGCUUCGGCCACACCCUUCCAGCAGGCUAGUGGCUACGGCUCCCAUGGAUAUGGCACUGGCUAUGAGGAUAUGGGCCAGGCUUCGGGGAGUGGGGAUUUCUGUAAGGGUGGAUAUAGCACUGCUGUCGCCGCCGCUGCUGCCGCUGCCGCUUCUGCGCAAAACAAGCCGGCCAGCUCCGUCACCGGGCCUGGAGUUGGAGUUUCUGUGACAUCCAGCAACACUGGGGUUCCUGACAUCUCAGGGUCUGUUUACACAAAGACGCAGUCAUUUGACAAGCAGGGUUUCCACGCGGGGACCCCGGCUGCCUCCUUUAGCCUGCCUUCGGCCCUGGGCAGUGGGGGCCCCAUUAAUCCCCCUGCUGCUGCUGGCUAUGCCCCAGCCCCCUUCAUGCACAUCUUGGCCCCCCACCAGCAGCCACACUCUCAGAUCCUACAUCACCACCUGCAGCAGGAUGGACAGAGUGGCACUGGGCAACGCAGCCAGAACGCCUCCCUUCAGCAGAAGUCACAGGUCAACAAGUCAGCUUACAACAGCUACAACUGGGGGGCCAACUAACACCUGCAGACUGCCCGCCUGCCCACCUGCUCUCCCUCCCAUCAUUGUGUGAAAGUCUGACAGAUUCCCCCCCCCCACUCUCCACCCCAUGUGUGUACCCUUUCUCUUGCCAAACUCCCAAACUCUCUCCCUGCAGCAUGCCUGUAGUAUCCACCCCACUACAGGCACUGCUGUAAGGAGUGAGGAAGCACUUUGGAGUUGGGAGAGAGGGGAGAAAGGGGCAGUGAGGGUGGAAGGGACUGGAGGGUAAACUACAAAUCAGAAUGAGAGCCAGUAGUCAGAAUAGUCCUCAGUUUGUAUUGUGUUCAGACCCUCUUUCUGUUGUAUGUAACACAGCUGUGUUCACAGAUGGCUUUUUUUGUUUAAGAUUAUUUCUAAGUGAUGGGAGGGUAUGGACAGUCUGUCUAUAGAAUGUGAUGGUGUGCUGUUUUCACCCCCUACCUGCCAGCUUCAUUAAAAUAUCCUCUAUCCCUCCUAGUAAAUUAAAAGUUUUUCCUCAUUGUUUUCCCCUGGGCGUUAUCAGAUUUAUUUUUAAGAGAUUUUGCAACAUAAACUCGGCAGUGCUCUUGCGAGGUUUAAUUUCUUACCAAAUGUUCAUGCAGACACACUAACUAGCAGAGAGCCAUGUGCAGUGUGUGUUUGUGUCAGGGGUGUACACAGGCUGAGAGGGUGGGCUGGCCUUCUCUCUCAAAUGCUGUCUUGCUUGGGUCCUGAGAGCUGGUCUUCUGCAUCAUCUGCUGGCUCACCAAUAGCUCCUGCCUCUGGCACAUACUCCUCCUCCUCUGGGACUUUGGUUUCAUUUCUUACAAGCCAUUUUCAGACCGGUUUGUUUCUUCAAACUGUUCACCUGUCUUAAAAUUCAUUCUAUCAAGGAGGGUGGGGUUAUAAGGAUGAAACCAUUUCCAAACCUUUGGGCACGAUAAAGAAGCAAUUGGCCCAGAGGAAUUGGCUCACGUACAGUGCCGUAUUGAGAAGUUGGCAGCGCUCAGAAAACGGACAGCUGUCAGAUAUGGCAGGUGGGAUUGGCCAGUGAACCCCUCAGCCGCUCUGUAGGAGUCGUGUUUUUCCAUUUUCUCCAUUCCCCACCCCCCCAAAUAUUAUAUUAUUAGGAAACUUAAAGCCGUGAUUGAUGGACAGAAUUGUACUUUUUUCUUUUUUCUUUUUUUUUCUUUUUUUUUGUUUUGUUUUGUCAGUGACUUUUUUGUACUGUGCGUUUAAAAAGAAUUUAAAUGGAUAAACUUGUCUUGUAUAUAAAAAAAAAAAAAAAACAGAAGUACUGUAGUCCUGGUAUGUUUGAUGGCUUAAUAUUUUUUAUUUGUAUUUUCCAAGUUCUCACCCUCAGACUUGUUAGUUUUGGUUUCCUAUUUUUUAUUUUGUAAACUAUAUAUAUAUAAAUAUUAAGGAAAUAAACAGGAAGACAUUUUCAUCCUUUGGAUGUGAAUGUUUUUAAUGUAUUUUUGGAGCUUGCAUUGCUUGUAAUUACAGCUGACUUUUUUUAUCAAUUUCUUUUUUUGUAAUUUUCAUUGUUUUGAGUUCAUAAACAGUGAAGUCAUCAGGGAGGGAGGUAGGGGUGGGGUGGCUUAAAUAGAAAGUGGCUUAUCCUCAGAGAAACAAAGAUGAAUAAAACUCUCAAUGUUACCUGUGGGGGUUUUUUUUUUUUUUUUUUAUGAA